GAAUGGUCAUUAUCGUUCUGUCAUCGUUGUUGUCAGAACUAACUAACUAACCAAUCUCCACUCAUCAUUGUAAGCUUUCGUGCAUAAACAAAUCUCUGGCGGCCAUAACUAAGAUAUCCAUCAUCUGUGCAAAAAAAAAAAAAUACAUGAAUAGCUCGAAUUAAAGCUUAAAUAACAACCUUGUGAAAUCAAUAUCAAGAAAAAGUGUAUGUCAAAGAAAAUGUAUAGCUAUUGAGGGAAAACAAAAGAAAAUUCAAUAGAACUUGUGUAGAAAACAAAAACAAAGUGCGAGGCAUUUUUGCAUACAGUUUCCAUGGGCAAGCGAAAAUAAAAAUAAAUGCAUACACAUUCACAUACACAAUCAUUCAUAAAUCUCCAAGGCAUUUCGAAGCUUUGCUAGAUUGAGCCAGUGUUUAUCACGGUAUUUGAAAAAAACUGCUUAAAAUUAAAUAAAUUGCAUUUCUUCCCAAAAAAAAAAAAAUGUUUAAGUAAAAAUACAGACAAGUGUAAAAAAUUACCUACAUUUUCGCGAUAUAUGAAAAUCAAUUUGAAAAUAACCAACCCUAACAAAUAAAAAGUAAAAAUAAAACAACACAACAGGAAAAAAGUUUUGUGGAAAAAUUUUUUUCAUUCAUCUUAAACCAGCAAUUUGAGCCUAAGAAUUGCCUUCGGCAUCCCCUGUAACAACAGCAACAACAUUUCUGCAGUUAAGCACCAUAGUUGAGUAACGUCAUAUUACUAAUGCUUGACAUAUAAACACACAUUUGCAUAACACUAAGCAGACGUCAUUUCGUGUGUGCCCGAAAAACAUAACAUCGGAAAUUCCCCUAAACUUAUCCCAAAGAGUACAUUUUAUGCUCACCCCAACAAAAGAUUGAACUGACUCAAAAUUAAUCUAUUAUUUGCUGGACUAAACCAAAAACCGCAUUAUAACCAACAUCUAACCGUUCGUUGCGUGUUGCAUUGCUUAACAGAAAAAAAAAAUAGAACAAAUAAAAGAAAAUCAAAAAAGGCAGUAAAAACUCACCAAAAAUUACAGAUAAUUAAAGUAUCAUAAGCAAGUCAUUAGUGUGUGUGUGUGGCACUAAGAUACAGCAACUAAGUGAAGUGAAGGCAAGGAUCACCUCAUUACAGCAACCAAGAGACCAAGACAAGGAGUGGAAACUCCUCAUAACCAUAAAGAGGAGUGAUAUAUAUAAGCAAAAGGAGAGCCCGAGAAGCAAAAGAGAACGUUGGCGUAGCAAAUCGUUAUCAAAGUGGUCAGAAAUAACUCUCCAAGUCACUCUUACUCUCCCUCUCUUUUACUGUGUGUCUCUUCGAAGAGAAGGUAACCAACACGCAGGAUAAAGCCAAUCAAAAAAAAAAAAAAAAUCUUAACAUUAUCAUCAUCAAGCCCAGCCAAAUAGAAGUGGGAAUUCACACAGAGUGUAGUUAAAAAUUUUGUGUUUUUGGUUUUUGCUUUUUACGCUCUCAUCAUCGCUGUUUUCUAAACUCUCAGACUCGCUCUCGCCAAAUUUUUGUCGCUCUCUCUCUCUAUCUAUCUAUCUCGCUCUGUCGUUCGUGACGAUCAGCAUCUCAAAAAUCGCUCAUCCCAAAACAACCAACCAACCAACACCACUACCACCACCACCACCAACCACCAACCACCACCACCUCCACCACUACCGCCACCAAGAGCUAAUUGAAUCAUCAGCAAACCAAAAAAAAAACAGUAACAUUUCAAAACAGUCGCCCAACCAGAGAGGUUUUUGUUAAACAAACAAAACAAAAAUAAAAAAGUUUUUCUCGCCAUCGUUAUCGUAAAAACCAUCAAAAUUCCCAUCAUAAUGGCCGAAGAUGCUACCAUGGAAACUUGCCCCAGCCCUGAAAUUGGUGACUCUAGAAAAAGACCACUCGAUACCGAUCCAGAAAAUGAACAAACCAAACGCUCCCAUUUCAGCUCUGGUGAGUCUGUUUGUUCUGGAAUAGAGGUCGAAAUUGAAAAUAAUAACAAUCUCUAUCAUUAUGGGGACUCCACCUACCACAUGAAGAUAUUAGUGCCAGCCGUAGCCUCAGGGGCUAUAAUCGGCAAAGGUGGUGAGACCAUAGCUUCAUUGCAAAAGGAUACAGGUGCUAGGGUAAAGAUGUCAAAAUCCCAUGACUUUUACCCCGGCACCACCGAACGUGUCUGCCUUAUCACCGGCAAUGUCGAUGGCAUUUUGGCCGUUCUAGACUUUGUCAUGGAUAAGAUACGUGAGAAACCCGAUUUAACCUCGAAAAUCUUGGAUGCCGACACCAAACAGAGCCAAGAACGUGAUAAGCAAGUAAAAAUAUUGGUGCCCAAUUCCACAGCCGGUAUGAUUAUUGGCAAAGGCGGUGCUUACAUCAAACAAGUGAAAGAGGAGAGCGGCUCCUAUGUGCAAAUCUCACAGAAACCCAAGGAUAUUUCAUUGCAGGAACGUUGCAUCACCAUUAUCGGCGAUAAGGAAAACAACAAAAAUGCCUGCAAAAUGAUUCUCUCGAAAAUUGUUGAAGAUCCCCAAUCGGGCACCUGUUUGAAUGUCUCAUAUGCUGAUAUUAAUGGACCGGUGGCUAAUUUCAAUCCUACCGGUUCGCCAUAUGCAACAAAUCAGAAUGCCAUUAACUCCAGUACUGCCUCGUUAAAUUCAACAUUGGGCACAACCAUUGGUGGUGCUGGCUCAGCUGCUGGCCUGCUUGUCAAUGGUACUGGCAUUAAUUUAUCGUUAAAUCUGAGUUCACCAAAUCCAGCACCAAAUCUAGCUUUAGCCACACAAUUGUUGGAACACAUUAAGGUCGCUUUACGCAGCUCGGGUUAUACCGAAACUGCCACAACAGAAGUAUGUGCUGCUUUGGGUGUUUUAGCCAAAUACGGUGUACUCGGCAUGGGUGUAGGUCUGCAACACACCAAUGGUGCUCACACAACACUUGGUAACUAUUUGGGUGUCUCCGCUUUGGAUCAACAGACAGCUGCUGCUGCCAGUGCAGCUACAGCUGGCAAUGUCUUUGGUGCUGUGGGUCAAGUCAAUUUGGAGCAAUACAAUGCUGCCGUUGCUGCGGCAGCUGCCUCACGACCCACCCAACAGCAAUUGGAUGCAGCUGCGGCUCAAUUUGAUCCAUUCCGUCAUCUAAGCUCGAGUGCCGGUCAGGCAGCCACACCGGUAUCGCUGAAUAAUAAUAGCUUUGGUUUGACCGCCGCUACUGGUACCGUGACCACAGCGCCCACAUUGGGUGCAGCCACUGGAGCCCAUGCCUUGGGCGGUAUGAGCAAGAGUCCCACACCGGGAGAUUUGAGUGCCAAGGAUUCGAAGAAUGUCGAGAUACCUGAAGUGAUUGUAGGCGCUAUUUUAGGUCCCAAUGGUCGUUGUUUAGUUGAAAUCCAACAUAUGUCGGGUGCUAAUGUGCAAAUUUCAAAGAAAGGCAUUUUCGCACCUGGCACCAGAAAUCGUAUUGUAACCAUAACUGGUCAACCGAGUGCCAUUGCUAAAGCUCAAUUUCUAAUUGAACAGAAAAUCAACGAGGAGGAGUCUAAAAGAGCGCGACAAAUUCCAUUAGCCACAGUUGUGAAUUAAAACAAAAACAAAAAAAAAACAGAAAAAUCAAAUCAAAUUUUAAAUAAGAUAAUUAAAACAAAAGAAAAGAAAAAAUAAACACCAAUUCACCAACACCACCACAACCACCAAUAACAACAACAACAGCAACCAUCAUCAUCAACAACAACAACAACAACAACCAAUUCCCAUUAGCAAAGACAUCGCCAGAGAAAUAAUAAGAAAUAUUUAAAAUCCAAUACAACUUUAAUUAGUCUUCUCUACGCCAUCUGACCCAUAAACCACGUACCACGUACCCCGUACCCUCCCUUCCACAUAUUAAACAGACACACAAUUGUUCACAAAAACGACAAUGUUCUUAAGAAUGAUAGAUAUUUUAUUAAUUGUUAUAACAACAACAACAACUACAACAACAAACUAAUUCAAUUCAACAAAAAUGAAAAAGAGAAACUAGAAAAGCAAAUCAAAAAAUUGUUUUAAAGAGAAAACUCCCACUUUUUUAAAGCAGUAACAAACAAACCUUACCUUUUCUCCUCUCCCCCCCCCCCCCCCCCCACACUUUAUUCUUCUUUCUGAUACCAUACAAAAGGAAACGGAAAUGAAGACCCUCCCCUUUCAAACAAAAAAAAAACAGCAACAACAAAUUACUUUCAUUACAUUUAAAGGAAAUUAAAAAAACCUUAAAAAAAACUUAGUAAAAUAUAUAAUUAAUAAUAUUUAAAACCAAACAAAAAGGAAAAAGAAAAUAUUGUAAAAUAAGGCAAAGAAAAAUCGAAAUGUAAAACAAAAAGUGUUAAAAAAGGAACAAAAAAAAGAAUCUUUUUUUAAGGAAACAAAAAACAAAAUCCAAGACGUUAUACAGAAGAUAUAAAAGAAAAAACUUUCUUCUUUAAAAAAAAAAAAAAAAACAAA